AUGAGAAGCUCAAACCAAGGAAUAUUAAAAGUGAGGCUUGUUGAAGGUGAAAUAACCAAAAAAAACAUUUUAGGAAUAAAAACAUAUGCUUCUCUCAGAUUAGGGUCAAAUGUCCAGGAUUCAUCAACAAUACCUGGAUAUUCUCCACUAUGAAGCGAAACAUUCGAAUUCCCACAAAAGGACGGAAGCGUAUUAACAGUCCAAGUCAUUGAGAAAGGCAUCUUAUCUAAUCAAGUUAUCGGUCAAGGUGUGAUUGGCUUAAGGAAUUUGCUUGAAAAAGGCAGAGAAUGUGAAAAGUACCCAAUUUCUUGAAAUAAUAAAAUGACUGGCUGAGUAAAGCUGGAAAUAGAGCUAAUUGGACCGCAAAACGACACAAUUCCAAAUGAUCCUCCAAAUAUGAUGAGGCAAAAAUCUGAUUCAGGAUGAGUGGUAAAUCCUCCAAGCAGAUAUGAAGCAAAUGUUCAUAGAUCGGGAUCUCAAGAAGUUUUGUAUGAAUCCCCACCUCUUAGUGGCUCACAAGUAAAUAUCCCAAGGUUUCCUCAGACCCCACAGAUGCAGCCAGGAAUUCCUCUAUCUCCUAGAAGAUCACAAUUGCAAGUGCAAAAUCAGCCAACUCAGCAAAUAGAUUUAAGAAGGCAGGCCCCUAUAACUCCAGCAAUUAGGGCAAAUGAAAUUAACCAGCUUAUAAACACAAGGCCAAAAUCACCUAUAAGUCCAAGACAGCAAGCACAAAACGGCUGACCUCCACAGAAUGCAAGACCACAAAUCCCAGAUUCAAGAAGGGCACCAGCGCCAAUUCCGCCCUCAGUCAACCCUCCAUCAUCAUCUAUUAUGGAGAUAAUUACUAGAGGAAUAAAAGUAUCUGAUAUUAAUUUUGAAAAAUUAGUAUAUCAAAGUGAAAACCAAAAGGUCGAAAUCCAUUUAGGGGUACUAAAAAGCCUUCAAAACCUAAAAGUUGCAAUCAAAAUAAAUUACUGUGAAAACCAAGAAGAGUUUAAUUAUGUUAUCAGAGAAGUUUUCAUAAUGAAAGAAUUAGACCAUCCUAAUAUUUGCAAAGUUUAUGCUAUAGGCAUAUCCCUUAGAUAGCUAGUGAUAGAUACCAAAACUUCCCACUUGGCUCGGUCAAAAUGGAUUGGUCGAACCAAGUGGGAAGUUUUUGCCUCUAUCCCUAGCCCAUACUGGGCUAUCUAAGGGAUAUGCCUAUACACUUUUAGACCAUAAAGGAAAAUAUUUCAAUAAUUUGAUAGUCAUGGAAAACUGCGAAGGAGGAGACCUAGGGAAAGAAAUAGAAGAAAGGGCAAAAACAGGGUCGUUUUGGGAAGAGGAAGAGCUGAUAGAGAUUUUUAAAUCUUUGAUUGAAGCCUUUUGCCAAAUGCAAGGGAAGAAUAUAGGGCAUUCCGAUAUUAAACCUCCGAAUUUUGCUUUUACGAAAGAACGUAAAAUCAAAAUCAUUGAUUUUGGCAUUGCGACACAUGAUACUUUUAGGAUUUCUACAGAAACAACGAGGACGUUUAAGCUUGGUGGAACUGUACCAUUCUUUAGCCCUCUGCAGUUGGAAGCUUAUAUGGGCUAUAUAAGGGGAUCAAAUCCUAAUGUGAUAGUUCGACAUAACAGAUUUAAAUCAGACGUUUAUUCUUUAGGACUCACAUUUUUCAGCAUGGCAAGUUUACGUCAGCCAACUGGCUUAAAUGAUCUUUCUAGUAACUUACCCUCUUUAUCAAGGACAACCCCUAGAAGGCGGAAAUAAUUUAACGUAAUCCUAAAUUCUAUUAUUUAUUAUUAAAAAUUCGAAUAAACUACGAUUUGAUUAAUACUUUUAAAAGGAAUAAAAAAAUGCGAUUAAUUUUUAUUUUUAAAUAAUAUCAGCAAUUAUUAUUUUCAGUGAUAACUAUGCUUUUCUAAGAUGGAAAGUUAGAGCAGAGGCUUAGCGAUGAGAUCUAUAAUAUUCCUUAUAGUGAAAAAUUGAAAAGAAUUCUACGUCCGAUGCUGACUGUUGAUGAGAAAUCGCGGCCUGAUUUUAUUGAACUUUAUGAAAUUGUAUCUAAUUUAACCAAUACAUAA